GGGGACGAACUCCAUAGGCAUUAUCUGGUUCAUCCGCAGCUAUCUGUCUCGACCAGUGAAGGGGAAGAAGAGCAAGAAAUAUGGACGAUUAUACCAGAGAAAUGAUGGACCUCAAAACCCUCGUUACUCGAACCCUAGAAAAGAAAGGCGUCCUAGCUAAGAUCCGGGCUGAGCUCAGAGCAAGUGUGUUUGAGGCUAUCGAGGAGGAGGAUAGAGUGAUUGAAAACGAAGAGGGAUUGCCUCCUGCUCUAUUGGGUAGUUGCAAUGAUCGUGCUAAGCAACUUCACAAUUCACCUUCAGGGAGGCUACUAACUGCACUCAUAUGUGAAUAUUUGGACUGGGCACAACUAAACCAUACAUCAAAAGUUUACUUGCCCGAGUGUAAUUUGCCAAAGGAUUUCUGGAAAUCUGAGUUGAAAGAAUUCAGUAAUAAGAACGGGUAUGAUGUUAAUCGGAAUGGAGACAGCGGUCCUCUCCUUUUGGAUGUCCUUGAAGGAUUCUUGAAGUAUGAGAAUUUAUCUCAAGCAAGGAGUGGUGGAAGGAGACUACCCACACUAGAUGGCGAAGCAUUGCCCAGUUUAGAAACACGGAAUGUUAGGAGGCCUUCAUCUAUUGCCGGGGGCCUACCUCCAUUGGGAAGGCCAGUUCCUUCUUCUCAAGCAUCUGACAGGAGAGCAGGGUCGUCAUCAAUGUCGGGUUACAGCAGGAAAGAUGAAUACAAUUGGAGAUAUGACAGUGAUGAGGAUACAGAAGACGUCAUGCGUGCUUCAGCUGCCUUAGAAAACCUUCAACUAGAUAGAAAAGCUCGGAAUCUCACCAGCUCUUGGCGGCAUGCGGGGAAUGGUGUUUCGGAGUCUGAUGGAAGGAUGGAUUAGUAGAGAAGCCCCCUCCCCAGCUAAAACGGCUUUUAUAUCGUCUGUCUUUCCUCAGUUCUUCUUCAUUAUACUAAUUGUUAUGAAUGUGUGUGUUCCUGUGAUGUGUGAUUAGAUUAUGCUGUCUGUGUAUGGGUAUGA